AUUUCUGAAAAAUUAUAUGUUAUAUAUUAAUUACCAACUUAUCAAUUGUCGAUUUGUAGAUUUAUAUUAUCUAAUAUUGAUAAUAUCGGAAAACUAAGGAGUAUAUAUACUUAUUUAUCCUACUAACUUCCUGUUACCAUUCAUACUUGAUCGUAUCCAUUUGCGUCUGCAUGUCGAUAUAUGAGGUUAGGCGAGCAUGUGCCAUUCCAUGUGCAUUUAACAGUUGAUUGACUCCUUUUGAUUUUAACGCCGGUGUCUUCCGAAGAUGACGGAAAUCGUACAGGAGGAUAACGAGUUAAAGAGAUUGCUCAAUAAUCCAGCGAAAAAUGCGGGCGAAGAUGGCUCCAUGGCCCCACCGUUAUCUACCAACGUGCCGAGACCAAGCACGUCGCAAAAUGUCAAUCCGCAAUCGACGAUGAUUCCGUUAACGCCGGCCAAUAGCACGAAGGAAGUUAUAGAACCUUGUUUACAAAACGUAGUUUCUACAGUUAACUUGCAGACAGAACUGAAGCUUAUGUACAUUAAUGUAAGAACAAGGAAUUCCGAAUACAAUCCGGCCAGGUUUACUGGGCUAAUAAUGAGGAUACAGAAUCCUAGAGCGACAGCACUGAUCUUUCGUUCAGGCAAAUUGGUUUGCACUGGUGCAAGAAGUGAAGAAGAUUCGCUUUUGGCAGCGAAGAAAUUCGCCAGGAUAAUCCAAAAACUCGGAUUUCCUGUGAAGUUCUCCUGUUUUAAAAUACAAAAUAUAGUCGCAACAUGCGAUUUGAAAUUUCCAAUUAAGCUUGAGAAUUUGAAUCAUAUGCAUGGUCAGUUUUCUAGUUAUGAACCGGAAUUAUAUCCUGGUCUGACAUAUAGAAUGGUUGUACCUAGAGUUGUAUUGUUAAUAUUUGUGAAUGGUAAAAUUGUAUUAACAGGGGCCAAAAAUAGGACUGAACUACAAGAUGCAUUAAAUAAUAUAUAUCCAAUAUUAAAAAGUUUUAGAAAGCAAUAAUAUUCACAAAAUAAAUAUGAAAUAAAAAUAACAAAAUGUGUGAAUAUAAUUAAUUGUACAAUACAAAAACGUAUAUCAAUAUCGUUCAAGUAUCGUACGCAAAAGAAUUUUCUGCAAUUAAAAUCUUAAAAAUCAUCCGGCAUUGCUGAGUCAAUAAUGAGAAUGAUGCGUAUAUUUUAAAUAUCUUUACAAAUUGAUAUUGCUUUGACACUGAUUGAUAUUAUUUCAUGUAUGUAUACAAAAUAUUAGUCAAUCUUAAACUCUUUACUGUGAUAGAAAAUUGUUUUAUAUAUUUCCGUUUAUUUCCGGAUAAUGCUAUUUUAGAUGACUGAUAAUUUUAGAAAUGUAAUACAAAA